AUGGGCUCUCGUCGCUGGGCUCGCAGCUCUGGGCAGCCCUGGAGCUCUGCUGGGUCUCUGUGGGGCCGGGCAGUGUCGAGGCUGCCCCUGGACUGGACAUCAAGGUUUUCUCAGGAGGACGAAGAGAUGCUGAUUCUGACCCACAGUGAUGAGUUGAGCAGAACCUAUGGUGAGGACAACAGAUUGCCUUUGGAGAACAUCACAAACAGAAACAACAGCACUGAGGACACCAGGAGAAACAGCACCUUUGUGCAGGAGAGUCCAACUCUUAAAGAAACCAGAGCCACUGUUAUCUCCACCGGACCCAGAACCAUCACCAUAACUUCAGCCGUUUCCACUUCAGACUCCUUUUGGUUUAAAAACUCCAACAUUUAUGGCAAAGGGAAAAGAUCCUCUGAGACCGACAACACUGAGGAGAACAAGACACAAUCCUACAGGAUGUUUAGAGGGAAUACGCAAAAACCAAGACUUUCUGAGCGUGGAGAGGAAGGAGAGGAGACUGUGGAGGGGACUUCUCAGUUUGGUACCAGCUUGGAAGAAGAGAUAGCAAAGAUGAGUUUGGGUAAUCCUGUUCAGAGCCCCAACCCUGGCACCAAAGGGCUGAACACCAUCACCACCUGGGAGGCUGGCUGGAACGUCACAAAUGCUAUACAGGGUAUCUUUGUGUUGGGUUUGCCCUUCGCUCUGGUCCGCUCGGGUUAUGUUGGUCUGGUUCUGCUGGUUCUGUCGGCCUGGGUCUGUAACCACACCGGGAGGAUCCUGGUGGCCUGUCUGUACGAAGAGGAGCAAAGUGGAGGCUCGGUGUCACAGGUCAGAGUCCGGCGCAGCUACCAGGACAUUGUGGAGGCCUGCUGCAAAGGACUGUGGCCCCACUGGCCUGCACUGGCAGGCUGGAUGGUUAAUGUAGCGCAGGUCAUCGAGCUGUUGAUGACGUGCACGCUGUACCUGGUGGUCUCCAGCAGCCUGCUGUCUGACAGUGUGUCGGGGAUGGCUGUUCCUCGGUCAGUGUGCUCUCUGGUGUCUCUGGUGUUCCUGCUGCCCUGCCUGCUGCUCACUGAUCUCAGACCAGUCUCCACCCUCAGCCUACUCUGCUCCCUGGCUCACAUACUGAUCAGCCUGUUGGUCAUGCUGUACUGUCUGAGUCGAGCCAGCAGCUGGUCCUGGUCCACUCUGUCUCUGUCUGUGGACCCGGAGGACUUCCUCGUCUCUGUGGGCGUCAUCAUCUUCUCCUACACCUCUCAGAUCUUCCUCCCUCCUCUAGAGGGCAGUAUGGAGGACAGAGGGCAGUUUAACACCAUGCUGGGGUGGACUCAUGGUGCCGCCUGCAUCAUGAAAACCCUGUUUUCUUUACUGGCCGUGCUGACCUGGGGGGAAGAGACCAGUGAGGUCAUCACAGACAACCUGCCCUCUGACCUCCGACCUCUCGUCAACCUGUGCCUGCUGGCUAAAGCCCUGCUGUCCUACCCUCUGCCCUUCUACUCUGCUGCUGAAAUACUGCAAACCUGCCUGCUUGGAGAUGUCUCAUCGUACUCCAAACAUGGAGGUCGAGGUGUGUCUGGUCCGGCCCUGUUGGUCCGUGUCGCCUUGCUGAUGACAUCAUACCUGCUGGCCCUGAUGGUCCCCAGGUUCUCGCUGUUGAUGGGUUUGACCGGCAGUGUGACCGGGGCGGCCAUGACGCUCAUCCUGCCCUGCCUGUUUCACCUCAGACUGCAGUGGAGUCGCCUCACUGUGCGGGACCGCCUGAUAGACCUGUGCAUUCUGAGCCUGGGGGUCAUCUGCAGUGUGUCUGGGGUGAUCUGUUCAGUGAAAAGAUUAGUGGGAGGACUGUAG